AAGAAACAAAAUGGCGGCUGGUCGUGUCGAAGUAUCGCGAACAAAUGGCCAAAGAAGAAGACGAAGACAUUCACUAGUUAAGGAUAAUCCCAACAUAGAAGACGAURUAUUGAUGGCUUCAGCUAUYGGGGAUGUGAAAUGGCUUCAGCAAAGUCUGUGGAAUCCGAAACAUGUCUAUAAACAAUCUCGCGAACAUGGUCUUUCGCCGUUGCAUUURGCAGCAUUACACGGUCAUCUAGACAGUAUCAAGGUACUGAUUGAACGAUAUAAAGUUGAUGUGAAUCUCCCCAGUGAGACGGGAUGGACUCCUCUUCACCUAGCUAUCAACAACAAAGACAAGAAAAGAUCUCUCAAGUGCGUGAAGUACUUGCUACAAAAGGGCGCUGAUCCCUCAAGAGCUAAUCAUAAUGGCACUACUCCAGUGCAUAAAGCAUCUAGUGAAGGCCACGUCAAGUGCCUAAUGGAGCUUAUUAAAGCCGGAGCAAUUAUUGACAGUCAGGACAGUGAUGACAACACACCAAUGGACUUAGCACGUGUCUGGGCACACAGAAAAUGUGCUAGGCUGCUAUCAAACCAUCAGUGGUUUCUAGACAAGGAGAAAGAAUUAUACCGUAAGCUUGAAGAAGAGAAAAAAGCGAAAGAAAUUGCUGAAGAGAUGGAAAGGUUGAGUAUACUAAAGAGAAUAGAAGGAAGAAAUGAAGGAGAAGUUGCRUUCAAAAGCUGGCUUUCAACAAAAGGUAUUCCUGAUAUACCAACAAGAUAUGGACCCCUGCCUAUGGAAGAACGAAAGGCUAUUUUUGAAACGAAAGCCAGCAAAUCUUACCCCAGUAUGUCGAMUACAAAAGCUAAACCAGAAUCAACAUUUGUGGUGAAAUCAAAGAGUGAAAUGGGGCCGACGUUUGCACGAAGAACUAGAGUUGAAAUUGAUGAAGAUAAAAAAUUAGACUUGAUUCCUUUAGACAGAGUUUCUGCUUCUAAAAGAAGACAAAUGCAGAGAACUGAAAAUAUGAGACUAAACAGAGCUAAAGCAGCUCUUAGUUCCUCUCCUGCUACAAGAUGAUCUUGUUUUAGUGUCUAGAAUUUUAAAGUAAAUAGAGUAAUAUUAUUUAUAUUUAGAAUGGCGUUUGUGUUAAGCAAACAAGCAGUACCAAGAACUGCACAGAACUAUGCUAAUACAAGGAGGUACAGGCAAACAUGGAGGAGUGGUAAUAUAACAUGGUUAAGCUGUCAAAAUAUCAUCUAUAUUAGGACAAUAGGGAUUGAAUAUAUUUUUUAUUUCAAAAUUAUUAUUUACUUCCAAAAUAUUGGCCAAAAGUGGGUGUGGUCUAUAGGGCCUCUUGCCCCUGCACUCUGGCUUCUAAUUCUAAUAAAACAUGAUUUAUACUUUAUUGGUCCCUCCACCAAGUAAUCAAAUUAUCUCCUGAAUCAAAUUAUUUGGUAAUAAUUAUGGAAUAAUAGUUAAACAAUCGAAUGGUAUUUGUAAUGGUUUUUAUUGUAAUGUGUUUUGUACAUUCCUUGCCGGGAA